AUGGCGAUCACAAAAAUAUGCUGUAUAGGCGCUGGAUAUGUUGGUGGGCCCACAUGCAGUAUAAUAGCAAUGCAGUGUCCACACAUAAAAGUCACGGUUUUAGACAAAAGUGUUCAUCGUAUUUCCCAGUGGAACUCGGAAAAAUUACCCAUCUACGAAGCAGGACUCGACGAAAUUGUAAAAAAACGAAUAAAUGUAAAGUUGUUCUUUUCUACAAACAUCGAAGAAGCUAUCCAAGAAGCAGAUUUAAUUUUCAUUUCUGUUAAUACCCCUACAAAGACAUCUGGAGAAGGCAAAGUGGAACCAGAGCAGAUAAAAAAUGAUCUCAUUGAUUAUCCUUACGUUAUUGAUACUUCAGAAAACGUAAUAAGGUCUAUUAAAAUUCACAACAAUCCAUACUUAGCUGCAGACAUGACACAGGCUAUUGUAAUAUGCACUGGAUGGGACGAAUUUGUGAACUUGGAUUAUGAAGUUAUGUACGAUCGUAUGAUGAAGCCAGCAUUUAUUUUUGAUGGUUGCAAGAUUCUGAACGAUGAAAUCUUGACCUCAAUUGGUUUUCAAGUCUAUACAAUUGGAAAAGGAUGUGUAGAUGAUAGACCAACAAUGGAUACAGUAGUUGUAGAUAAAGGUGAUUCUUCUGUAAGUGAAAGUGAUUCAACUAUUGGAGCUAUUGAUACCUUUGCUCAGAUCACUAGAGUAUGA